AUGGAGGUGGAGACUGAGGGCAAGGAGGCGGGCAGAGAGGGAUCGAGGGCGGGGCUGGAGGUGGGAGGAGAGGGAUCGAGGGCGGAGCUGGAGGCGGGCACAGAGGGAUCGAGGGCGGGGCUGGAGACGGGCAGAGGAAUGCUGCUGGAGGACUCAGAGCUGCUAUUUUUGGACGCUCACCCGAGGGUGCUGUUCACCCCGUCCUCCGCCCCCCCGAAGCACCCGCCCCUCCUGCUCAUGCUGGAGGCGGGGCUGCCAGCCUUGGGCGGAGAGAGAGGAGAACAGCAGGAGGAGGAGGAAGAACGGGAGGUGGAGGAGGAGGGCGAGCAGGACGAGGGCGUGGAGGAAGAGGCGGCCGGCGCCCUGAGGAGGAUAGAGGGGGCGGAGCCGGCGCGCCCCAAAUCCCGCCCCAGACGAUCCAGCUCCGCCUACGACCGGAGGGGCGAGCGGUCGGUGUGCGAGGUGGCCAACGAGUGGGUGACGGACAAGAAGACGGCCAUCGACAUCCUGGGGAACACGGUGACGGUGCUGCCGGAGAUCCAGACCCCCCGCGGCCCGCUCAAGCAGUACUUCUUCGAGACCAAGUGCAGGCCGCCGGACGCGCGGGGCACGGGGGGCUCGGGCGUGUCCGGCAGGGACUGCGUGGGCGUGGACAAGAAGCACUGGGUGAGCGAGUGCAAGGCCAAGCAGUCCUACGUCAGGGCCCUCACCACGCACCCCCAGAAGGGGGUGGGCUGGAGGUGGAUCAGGAUCGACUCCUCCUGCGUGUGCGUGCUGCAGGCCAGGGUGGCCCGCACCUAGGGAGAGGGGGA